UCAGCUGUUUUGCUGCAACAAACCAAUAGUUGGCAUGGCCAUUGACUAUUAGCUAGAAAACUAAAAUUAAAAAAAUAAAACGAUGCACAGCUAGGAAGUUUGUAGCCUCGGAAGAAUAUAUCACUGUUUUAUUUAUUUAGGCGUAUAAAGCAGGAUAUAGGAAGUGUACAUUCCAAAGUUUCAACGAAUGCUGUCGUAUCUACAGAGUAAAACCCACAGGGUUUAGGGCGAAGUCCCUCUGAGAACGCAGCAUGGAUUGGCACAUGAAUUUGGUACUGCCCGGCCUCUAUGUAGGCAAUUACCGCGAUUCGAAAGAUCAACAGCAGCUGGACAAGUAUCAAAUUACACACAUUAUAGCUAUACACGAUAGUCCGCGGCGUUUGCUGCCGGACAAACACUAUCUCUGCGUCAUGGCUGCCGAUACGCCCGAUCAGAAUCUAUCGCAAUAUUUUUCUGUUUGCAAUGAUUUCAUACAUGCCGCCCGAUUGCGUGAAGGUAAUGUGCUCAUUCAUUGUUUAGCUGGCAUGUCGCGUUCGGUCACUGUUGCUGUGGCGUACAUAAUGACCGCCACGAACUUAACUUGGAAGGAGGCGUUGAAGGUAGUGCGCGCUGGGCGCGCUGUUGCCAAUCCGAAUAUCGGUUUCCAAACACAGCUGCAAGAGUUCGAAAUGUAUCGCUUGGUGGAAGAGCGUAAGCGUUUGCGUGAGCGGUUUCCUUCGACGGCACUGGAGCAAUUGGAUCGUUCUAAGUGUUCAGCAGCAUUGGACAACUACCAAGAGUUAUUGCAAAAUAAGGAUAUUUGCGAGGGAAAUUGUGUCCGGGGCGAAAAAUGUCCAACAGGUGUCUGCAAUAUGGACCCUUCAAAAGGUCUCUUCCGUCGACGGCCAUCCACAGCUUCGACCCGUUCGCGCCUUCGCGGCCAACCCUCUUCGUCCAGCGCGUCUGCGUCGCCUUCGAUAUCAGGUUCUGGCAUUAGCAACGUAAUCGCAACUAACGUCGCGCAAUCGUGUCCGACAUCGCCAAGCCACUCACAGGUUACAAGGCGUUCACUGGGCGGUCAAAAAAUACCCGAAGACGAAGAAGCGCGUAGUGCUUCUGUAACAGGGCCAACAGCAACUACUACUACACAACCUAACAACACAACCACCAACACCGGCAACAACACCACCACGGCUACGUCGGAAACGACAACCACCACGACCACCACCACCGUUACUUUGUCACCGCGCAUAGCGACGGCAAGCAGUUCAAAAGAGGCUGCUGAAUAUGCAGCCGCCAUUAGCGAUGCAAAGCGGGAGCGUGAGGCGUUACAAAAGUCACCACCCGCUGCACGCUUGCGCAAUCCACGUGUCAGCAGCGCAGGCAGCCGCCUCAUCAGCAGUACAGCAAAGGCGCGUGCCGCCGUUUCCGCUACAGUGACAGCGCAACAGGAUGAAUUGGAACGGUGUAAUGCGGGUAAUGGUUCCGGCGGUGGCAGUGCUGGACAAACACAGCUGCAACGCAGUGCCAGCACUGUGAGCGGUCUAUCAGUGCGGCCUUACAGCAGCCCGGCUGGUUUGCACGCCUACACAGGAAAAGUGCCUGGUUCGGUACCAUCGUCCGUCCAUGGCUCGCGCGUGGACUUACGUGAUGUCGAUAAGGGAUCGGCAAUUUAUCUUGGCUGCUCAGCGCCCCGCAAUUCAACGCUAUCACUGUCUUCACGCACCUCAUCGGGCAGUUCGGCGCCACCUUCGCCGGUACGCACGCCACCGGUAAGUCCACGACAUGGAGUGAGAAGGGCUGCGACUAUGGUGAAAAGACAGCAGCAGCAGCAACAGCAAAGGUGAAACAACUGUAAAGCUUGAUAAUGGCGUGUGGUAUUGAUUAUUGCUGGUUCAAUCAAAAUAACCGCUUAGAAGCGGAAACGGAAUUGUUAGUAAAUCAGCUACACUCGACGUAGCGUAGAAUUCACAAUGUAUGUAUGCUAGAUCAGCGCGAAGUAGAAAUCUUCGUAUAGGUUCCUUUAAUUGUGAAAGCUGCUUAGAAGUAUUUUUUGUUUGUUGUCGGUUCGUGUUGAACUGAAGCCUACAACAUUGUUAAUAGACGAUUGGUUAUGGCAACCAAAAGAACUCCUUUGUGCGCUUAGCUUAUAUGUAGCAUAGAAUUUCCAGAAACUCAAAGCAAUUACAUAAUUAAUUUUAAGCGAAGUACUUUAAAAAAUAAUGUUUUUUACUAUACUCACUAAUUAACUUGUUGUUGCUUAGCUGUAAAAGUAAAAAUUACAACUUCAAUAAAUUUUAAGGAUCCAACUAGUAUAGAUAAGUUGUAAUAUUUAAGCCACCUUUUAGUAGAAGUCUUACUAGGACGGCGGAUGUUUAGGUUAAAAGCUAGGAAGUUACCACUAUAUUCAAUUAAAAGCUGUUGGAGUGAACGAAAAUGAAAAUUGGUCAGGGACCAUAAGUUCAGAAGCCAUUUUGCUGUUGCAAUAAAAUAAUACACAGUGCAGUUCUGCCGUCAGUUUCGCCUAGGUUAUGUUUUUGAUAACUUAAUUUAUAUUAUUUUUUAAUAAAAACUUACCUCUCUGAUGGGUUUAUAAUAAUGUAAUUCUUUUCCACACAAUUUCUACCCUUUUCCUUCUUUUCCUGAUUUUCUGAGAUUUUUACAUAUUUCUCACACUUUGAACUGCAUCACUCACUCACCAAAAUUAUUUAAUUGGAAAAUUUGCAAACACUAAUUUGGCAAUUAUUUAACUUUCUUGUUGCAGAAAACACACAUAACUUUUUAAUUUCUUUGAGGAGACGUCGUUUAAUUCACUUUUCUGCACAUAUUUCACAAUUUUCACUGAUUUUCAACUUACAGAAAGGAAAUAGGCGCGUAGCGGUUAGAAUGGCGGCGGAAACUGAUUGACAGCGCAGAGUUGUACUUGCACUUGCAAAAUAUUAACGACGGUAUUCACUAACUGGUCGAAAAAGUGUUGUGUAACAUAUGGAAUUAUUCUUGGAAUAUAUUAUAUAAAAUAAUAAACUUAAAUAAAAUACAAAUCA